CAAGGUUCUGAUGAUAGCUCCUGUCCUCGUUGCUCUUGUCCUCUUCCUCACCCGCAGUAUGACCUAGUCCUUAAUGGGACGGGUGGUCGGCUAUGAUGGAGAUCAUCGUUGCACAGGAGGGUGGGAGGGAGAAAUUGCUGGGGAAUGUGCACGACAAAUGACGUUAGCAGGCUGGACCGCUCCGAAUUAUCAUUUUCCUCCUGGCUCCUUCGUCCUGACUCCAUCCAGUGGGGCCUCCCCGCUGAGGAACUGCGUCGAUUUCGCCGAGCACUUCGUGGUGGGCCUGCACACGACCGAGCCCUUCCCGGCGUGGGUGCACGGCCUCGCCAAAGGGUUGCCGAGGAACACCCGCCUGGCCGACUUGCCCGGCCUCUCCCUCCUGGAUUGCAGCAAGAGCAGCGCCGCCGAGGCGAAGGACGGCCUCGCGCCGCCCGCGUUCUGCGGCGGGGCCCCCGAGGGCGUCGCCUCUGGCUUCGGCGGGCUGCUGCAGCGCAUGGGCAGCCUGGGCUCAAUGCCCCCGCGCCGCAGCGAGGCGGGCCUCGCGGAUGCUGCCCGCGGCGAGGCCGACAGGCGGCCCUCGCUGUCCGCCGCCGUCGUCGUUGCCGCGGUCG